UGCUGUUUGGGUUAAUCGUCUAUUCGUGUUUCGUCGCCUCCAUCCGCCUUGACCAAAACCUUGAACGCGAAUAGAAUUGCAGAGACCCCGCAAGAGAUGGAGAGCUACCUAUUAUCUCCGUUAAUCACCGGCCGGAUUCCGGCGAACUCUGAGAACUGAGUGUUUUGGGGCUAAUGCGGUUCGCCUGUGUUCUCUUGCGCUUUUGAAGGGGUUGAAGAUGAGCCAGCCCUCUGUGAUUCUGGCUACAGCUGGCUAUGAUCACACCAUUAGGUUCUGGGAGGCCAAGAGUGGGAGAUGCUACCGUACCCUGCAAUAUCCUGAUUCUCAAGUCAAUCGGCUUGAGAUUACCCCAGAUAAGCGAUUCUUGGCCGCUGCUGGAAAUCCCCACAUUCGACUUUUUGAUGUCAACUCAAACACUCCUCAGCCAGUUUUGAGCUAUGAUUCACAUAGUAAUAAUGUCAUGGCAGUUGGAUUUCAAUGUGAUGGCAAUUGGAUGUAUUCAGGCUCUGAAGAUGGCACUGUUAAAAUAUGGGAUUUAAGGGCAGCAACUUGUCAGCGUGAGUAUGAGAGCCGGGCAGCUGUUAACACAGUGGUUCUACAUCCAAAUCAGACUGAACUCAUAUCUGGAGAUCAGAAUGGAAAUAUACGUGUGUGGGAUUUGACUGCAAAUUCUUGCAGCUGUGAACUAGUUCCUGAGGUCGAUACAGCUGUAAGGUCUCUAACAGUAAUGUGGGAUGGCAGCAUGGUUGUUGCUGCCAAUAACCGUGGAACGUGCUAUGUCUGGCGGCUACUUAAGGGGACGCAGACAAUGACAUAUUUUGAACCUCUUCACAAGUUGCAAGCACAUGAUGGCUACAUUUUAAAAUGCCUGCUUUCGCCUGAAUUUUGUGAUCCGAACAGAUAUCUUGCCACAGCAUCUUCAGAUCACACAGUUAAAAUAUGGAAUGUUGAUGGAUUUACCUUGGAAAGAGUAUUGACAGGACAUCAGCGCUGGGUUUGGGAUUGUGUAUUUUCUGUUGAUGGUGCAUACUUAAUAACUGCAUCAUCUGAUAGCACUGCAAAACUAUGGUCGAUGUCGUCGGGAGAGGCCAUAAAAACGUAUCAAGGACACCACAAGGCUGUUGUGUGCUGCGCUCUCCAUGAUGGAGCAGAGUCUUCUCCUUCCUGAGUCUGCUUCAGAUACUGGCCAUUUCAUUUUCUGCCUUUUUGUAUGAGAAGAAAGGUUCUGAUUCUCCUCAGUUGUUGAUUUUGGGUCUAAAAUUUGUUAAGAUGUCCAUGAAUGUGCAUAGAAACUUUUUGCUCAAGUUCCAGCACUUGUUAUUGUUUGUCUAGAUUUGUAAUUUGCAGGUUGUUUGUAAAAAUGUUGCGAAUCAGUUAUGAGUUACAGGAGGUAUAGGAUCACUUAUGUUAUUUACAUAUCUACCAUAUAGGUAAU